AUGGACAAUUCAACCAGAAUGCCGUCGCAAACCUCGUUAUUCCAGGUCUACCUCCGCCUGCGGCCACCGAUUCAUCCUCAAAUGCCGAAACAAAAACUUGACCCAUGGCUGAUCGUUGAGCCCGCGAGUCCGGCAGCCAGCCAGAGUGAAGGCCCAACCAAGACCUUUCCCACACAUAUCACACUUCAACCGCCGAAUGAUUCGCGGAAGCGAGCGAUUGAGAGAUUUGGGUUCACCAAGAUCUUCCAAGAGGAGGCUACACAGCUAGACGUAUUUCAGGAGACUGGCACGGCCGAUGCAAUUCAAAGUGUCCUGCAAACUGGAAGAGAUGGCUUGGUGGCUACGCUGGGGGUCACUGGGAGCGGAAAGAGUCACACCAUCCUAGGAUCCAAGUCUCAACGAGGACUGACCCAGAUGACCCUGGACGUUCUGUUCAGAUCAAUAGGAGAGAAGAUUCGCCGCCCUCACCAUCCAGAUCUGCCAACAGACACCGAACUCCUUUCCUCUCUCCAAGUCGCGGAUCCCUCAGAAGCCCGAAUCCAGUCGGCAACCACCUUCCUAGAGUCCGUGUACGGUGAUGGCGAUCGAGCCAGAUUAUCACGAGCUCAGACACCGAUGUCUAGAGCACAGACCCCGAUGAUGGUAGGCAACCAGACCCAUAAACUUCCCGGUUCAUUCCCCUGUUCACCGGAAGACUACCCAAGCACAGUCGCAUCACCAUUACCGUUAAGUCAUGGCCCAAAUCUUUCUACAGGCACUCCGUCCUCCAUACGAAUGCUGCCCAGUAUCCCUGAAACAGAUCCUUCGCCCGAGAAGGAGCCAUGGCGAAUUCCGUCCAAAGCCCCGUUCCUUACUCGUUUGAGAAGUCUCCGAAAGUCACCUGCUAAACUACAAGUUGUGAAGGAUACCGCCUCGCAUUAUGUUCGAAGGCCUCUAUUACCACGACCGAGCACACUCCCGCAAUACCCGGACGUAUCGCCAUUCUCGACGGAUAUCGACCCUCACGCGGAGUAUGCAGUCCUUAUCUCCAUGUAUGAGGUCUAUAAUGACCGUAUUUUCGAUCUUCUGUCGAACCCUACCUCACCAAACGCACCGCCCAUGUCGACACGCCAAGGAGCCGCUCUGCAGAAGGGGUUGCUUCGUCGACCACUUCUAUUCAAGAACACUGAGAUGUCAUCCGACCGCAAGGUGGUCGCAGGACUUCGCAAGAUUGUGUGCGGAAGUUACGACGAGGCUAUGAUGGUGCUUGAGACUGGCUUGACCGAGAGGAGAGUGGCAGGGACUGGAAGCAACAGUGUGAGUUCGAGGAGUCACGGUUUCUUCUGCAUCGAAGUCAAGAAGAGACCUCAGCUGCAAGGCUAUGGCGCCCCCGUCGUGCCAGCCUGGACCGGAGGGACCAUGUCGAUUGUGGACUUGGCCGGUUCGGAACGUGCAAGAAACGCGAAAACUACCGGAUCAACCCUCGCCGAAGCAGGAAAGAUCAACGAAAGCCUGAUGUAUCUGGGUCAGUGUCUGCAGGUUCAGAGUGACUGUCAACAGGAGGGCAGCAAGCCUAUCAUCCCUUUCAGGCAGUGUAAGCUUACAGAGCUACUGUUUUCGAACUCUUUCCCCUCGUCCAACCACGCCACCACUUACAGAUCACCUCAAAAAGCUGUCAUGAUUGUGACUGCAGAUCCAUUGGGAGAUUUCAAUGCUACGAGUCAGAUUCUGAGAUAUUCAGCCUUAGCUCGAGAGGUAACUGUCCCAAGAGUCCCCAGCGUGACCAGCGCGAUCCUCGGGGGUGGAGGACAAGGGAAAGCAGGGCAGAAUGGACGAAAUACUCCCCAGGACCUCCACAACAACUAUUUCAGCGCCCAAGAAUUGGAACAAGCAACAAACGAAGCGGCACGAUUGGCUGAAGAAUGUCAUAUUCUGGCCGUCAGACUUGCAGAAGAAGAAAUCAACAGGACUGAGGCCGAGCUGAAGCUGCAAGCAGCCGAAGAAAAGCUAGUUGAUAUGGAGCAAGAAGUGCGAGAAGAAUGCUGGUCAGAAAUGGAGGAACGGAUGGAGGAAGAGAAAGAAAGAUGGAGAAUGGCGUGGGAGCAGGAAAAGAUGCGCGGCGAGGAAUUCAUAGACGGCAAGCUCGAGAUCCUGGAAAAGACCACCCAGAUCACCAUUCAUGAAGACCCUGUGACCGAGGCUAGGGUUGAAGAACUUGAGCGCGAAAAUGAGACACUUCGAGCGAAGCUACGGGCAUUGGAGCAGGAGAUGCAGAUGAGAAGUCCGUCGAAGAAGUCUCGAGUAACAGCAGCGAAGUCUCCAGUUCAAGGCUUGGUGUUGCAGGAGACGUCCAACAGUAACGUGGCGACCAACCCGUUCCUGGCUUCGUUGAGACUGCGGGACAGCGACGCGACGAUCAAAGCAAGGACGAGCGAAGAGGAAUUCAAGGUGUCGGAUGUUUCUCCUCGAAAGCUCUCGUUGAGGAGUUCAAGUGUGACGCGGAGCGCGAUGGAGGAGCUGCCGCCGCCGCCGCCGCCGAGCACAGUCAAGAAGCAGCGUAAACUGACGACACGGAAGUGGGAUUUGGGAGAUCCAUGA